AAGCCCUUUGCAAUAACUCUAUUACAAAGCAACACUCUUGACUAACUCUAGCCAAACAACCAAAACAAUAAUGGUUAAAUGAUGUCCUACAAAAUACUUCUAGAAAGCCGUGUAGGAAUACAAGUAAAGAACAAAAGACAAAGACACAACAAACUUAAGGACUUAAGACAUCUUCAGUGUUGGGAUCUGGUCCUUGGUUUGUAGCAGCUUUGUUCUUGAGUGCACCUGGAGGAAACAUUGGCGGCUAGCAUUUGAGAUGAUAGGUUUUUCAGAUUAUUAAGUAUUAGGUCAAACCUUGUAUAAUAAGGAUUCAACGAAAGAUAGUGGACAAUCAUAGGCAAUGACACGAGAAAUUAUCCUUUGCCUUACUAGGUUAUCGGACCACCAUGAGAACCUCCACUGGGGCAACGCCAUACAUGUUGGUAUAUGGCACUGAAGCUGUGAUACCCGCCGAGGUUGAGAUACCAUCUUUAAGAGUCAUCCAAGUAGCCAAGUUAGACGAUGUAGAAUGGAUAUAGGUUAGGCAGGAGCAACUCAUGCUCAUUGACGAGAAGAGAACGGAUGCAGUAUGCCAUGGUCAGAUGUAUCAAAAUAGGAUGGCCAGUGCAUUUAACAAAAGGGUGAAGCCUCGCCAGUUUAUACUGAGGCAGUUGGGUCUGAAGAAAAUAUUCCCCCACCAAGAAGAAGCCAAAGGAAAGUUCGCGCCGAAUUGGCAAGGUCCUUACGUGGUCCACCGAGUGUUGUUGGGAGGAGCGCUAAUCUUGGUAGAGAUCGACGGAAGAAUCAGCACAAAGCAUAUCAACUCAGACGCAAUCAAGAGAUACUACGUUUAAAGACAAUAAAGUUAGUAUCUGGCUGUAACGGAACUACACUCGACCUGACUUCCUGCGGAUGAAUACGUAGGCAAUCCACGUAGGAUUCAGUUUUCUCUCUCUCCCCUUUCUUUUGUAAUAGAAAACCCAAGUAUCACAUUGUAUGUGCUUGGAACUACACCCCGACUUGAUUUCCUUGGGAAGGAAUACGUAGGCAAUCCUCGUUAGAUUCAGUCAUUAUUUGUUAUUGAACUACGUCCUGGCCUGAUUCCAUUUGGAUACGUCGGCAAUCUAAGUCAGACUCGGCCACAUCAUUUUCAACCAUUUCAUUUUGCAUCUGUUGUAAUCGAAGUAUGUUUUGACCUGAUUCCAUUUGGAUAUGUAGGCUACCUGAGUCAGGCUCAGUCAUAUUCAUCAUAUUUUCUUUAUCAUUAUCCACAAACUACGUUAAGACCUGAUUCCGUUUCAGAUGUAUAGGCAACCUAAAAAGGUUCGGUCAUAACCCUCGGAAAACCUUUGUAACGCAUUAGUUUAGAUUAGGAUGCAAUCGCAGUGGCAAACAGUCAGGUCGUCAGAAGCAUCGUGGAGGAUCGACAUCAAUAGGAUAGAAUCUUCAAAAAAUAACGCUCGCAUUUGAGGAACUUCCGAAACAUGUCAUAAUCCGGAACGACGAAAACGACCUCCUCCUCGUCUAUUCUCCAUAGUUUGAGACACUGUCUGGGAUGCGAGAAAAGAGGAAUGCAUUGCUGCCAGUCGGUACAGUGAGACAGUUUUUCCAGCUGUAGAGUUGAAUGUACGACAGCUGAGGAACUGAUCUUAUUUGUUCCCUUAUCUAGUUUCUCGAGAGUUUGGACAACUGAGCAUGUCCCAAUAGGCACAGGGAACUGAUCUGGUUCUUAAUAAAGUUUGACAAAUCAUCAAAACCAUAAACGCAUAACUUAUCAAUUCGUCUCUUGUUGACUACUAGGAGAUGCUCUGAUUAAGAAUGUUCAAAUGUUAUGUGUACCGGUAUCUAGUUUGAAUUGGCUAUGAUGAUUUUGGGCUUCUCUCUUUCCAAUUUGGACACUGACUUCGUGUUUCAUUCUUUUUAUAUCAUGAAGGAUGCAGUUGAUUUGUUGCAAGGACACUAUAUUUUGUCUGUCUCUCGAGAUAUGAAGCCGUCAUCCCAGAAAGGAGGCAUUGAGACUAAAGCUCCAUUUCCUAUAGCAUUGGCGCUGAUAAUGACGGGGUUAUUCUUUGCUAUGUUAUCGCUAAGGAAAGUUCGAUAUGAUCUCCGAAAUUUGCUAUAUGCAAUGGUAUGGGCAAGCAUGAGUUUGGGCAUAGCUGCAUUUGUGAGGGCCAAUGGUCGAAUGUUCUGUAACAGGCCUAGCUUGCACCAAUCAAAGCGUUGAUCCUGGAUUCAGAAUGCUUGGUAGUAGCUACAUUUGCUGAGAUUGCCAGAUUUGUGAUAUUCUUUGUCAAGAUUUUGGCUGUUUUGUACUCUUUUCAUGUCUUGACAACUUUCUCUUCAAUCAUUCAUUUGAAAAUUACUUGAAUCAUGAAUGUCAACUGUUUUUGAAAUCAUUUCAUUUGUAAGGUCCUAGUUACAUGAUCAUAUGUAUAUUGAAAUGUUAUUUAUUAAUUGAAUUGUCGGCUUGUAAUU